CCAAGACCAGAUGUAAAAGAUAGCAGAUUUCUACGAGGGACACCCUAUGUACUACGAUGUUGGGCAUGAGAACUACAAAAACACGAAGUUGAAGGAAUGGACUCUGGACAAGUUUAGCGAACAGACUGAGCUUUCUGUCCAAGCCAUACAGAGGCAUUUCACAAGUUGCCGUACCGAACACUUCAAGCUCAAGAACAGACCCAAAAGUAGCAAGAGUGGAUCCGGGGCGGCCCCUCUUACGUCACUCCAGAAGUUCAAACUGAACGCGUACGAGUUUCUGGACGCCCAUCACGUAUCACGGACGCUGAAAUCGACCUGUGGGAGGCUGGCUGGUGAGGACGAGGAUUCGGCGUCGGAGUUGGAGUAUGCUGCAGCGUCUGAGUCUGAGCCGGCCACGUCGCAGGGAGUAGGAGCUGCCAGCAAGAAGGACAAGGCUGCAUCCGUCAGCGACAUGUCCAGGACGCUGAUCGCGUGUCUCAAAUCAAGUACCAAGGCCACUCAGGACGCAGCGGAAAAGGUGCGUGUAGCCCAGACGGCAGCUGAAGAUCCGUUCCAGGCCGAGCGUGACGCCUGGGCUGAGUGGAUGACAAGCGCGAACAACCAGGUGCCAGCACCUCGGUACAGAGAGUUUCAGCAGGAGACUUUCACCACCUUCAUGAAAUACGUCCCGCUCAUGCCGGGGACUCAGCAGCACCCCCAACAGCAGGCUCCAAAACCCUCAUCGCAGUUCGUACAGCCACCCAUCCCGAUGGUAGAUCCUUAUCACCACCAGCCGAUGUAUCUUCAGUCCGUAUCCCAGAAACCACAGCAACAGUCGCAGCCGUUUAUCCCCUUUGCUACGUCUCCAGUUCGGCAGCAUCAGCCGCCCGAUCAGCAGUAUGAACAGUUCCAGUCUCCCAGGGCAGUCUCUGCACCACCUGUUACUUCUGCGACCUAUGACCUCUCAGCCUUGCUGGCCUUGCAGUCUCCAUUGACAGCCAGCCAAGGAUCCAACAUCGCUGAAGCUGCGUGGCAGCUUUCAUCACCCGGCAACAUCGGCCUCAACAUGCAGUCACCUGCACAGAGGCCAAAAUAUAGCAGUCUUUCACAAGUGCUAGGUGCGACCAGCAGAGUGCUGGCUAGCACUGAACGUGAUAACACAAUCGGUGGUGACGACGACAACUCAGAACAGGAGCAGGAGUAGGAGUAGA